AUGGCAGACAAGGAACGACCUUUAAAAAGGCGUAAAGGUUCCCAUGAAACAUCGGAGGUGGUCUAUGAUACCCCCUCAGGAGGCGCUAGCGCAUUGGUGUCUCUAAACAGAUCAAUCACCCCCCCUAUACGAUCCCCUCCAAAACAGUCGUGCUCGUCCAAUGCAAAGAUAGCACGGCAAAAGUCUCCUGUUAUACCAAACGGUAUUCCGUCUCCAAUCCAACUCACCCGGGUUCGUGAUUUCCCUGCAUCGUCAGAGAACAACACAGAUACAGUCAAGCUGCGUGACAUCCUUGGGGAUCCUCUCAUCAAGGAAUGCUGGCAGUUCAAUUAUAUUUUUGACGUCGAUUUUCUGAUGAGCCAGUUUGAUCAAGACGUGCGAGGCUUGGUCAAAGUUAAAAUCAUACAUGGUUCUUGGAAAAGGGAGUCUCCCAAUCGAAUUCAUAUCGAUGAGGGCUGCCGUCGAUAUCCCAAUGUUGAACCAAUGGUCGCCUAUAUGCCAGAGGCCUUUGGUACGCAUCAUUCCAAAAUGAUGGUCAUUAUCAAACAUGAUGACCAAGCACAAAUUGUUAUUCAUACGGCGAACAUGAUUGCAGGGGAUUGGGCGAAUAUGUGCCAAGCAGUUUGGCGAUCCCCGAUGCUCCCCAUGUUAUCUAAUAAGCGAAGAGAGCAUCCUUCCGCCACUCCAAAUGACGUCGGGACCGGAAGUCGGUUUAAGAGGGAUCUGUUAGCCUACUUUGAGACAUAUGGCCAUAACAAGACUGGUGCAUUAAUCGAACAACUAGAAAAGUACGAUUUCAGUGCCAUUCGAGCGGCGCUGAUAGCCAGUGUUCCCUCGAGGCAGACAAUUGACGAACUAGAUUCGAAAAGACGCACGCUGUGGGGUUGGCCUGCGUUGAAAGACACAAUACGGCAAAUUCCCUUUAAAAAGGGGACGAAGAGUACUGAGAAGCAACCCCAAAUAGUUAUCCAGAUCUCUUCAGUGGCGACGUUAGGGCAGACAGACAAGUGGCUGAAGGAAACGCUCUUCAACUCCCUCUCACCACCAUCAGCCCGUUCCUCGGAGUUAUUUAAAACAGAGUCCAAUUCCCCGGCAAAAUUCUCAAUCAUAUUUCCUACUCCAGAUGAAAUCCGCCGAUCAUUGAAUGGCUACAUGUCUGGCGGAUCAAUUCAUAUGAAACUCCAAAGUGCUGCUCAACAAAAGCAACUUCAGUACCUACAACCAUAUCUAUGUCGCUGGGCAGGUGACGCCAACGAUGAUGGUGUAAAAUCUGCAGGAGGCCCCGCCACAUCUAAACGAAAACGUCUCGAAGGCAACGAGGUCAGCGAGUCCGUACAAGAUGGCGCUUCCCUAAAAAAAGCGCAUCGGCCCAUUCGAGAAGCCGGGCGCCGCAGAGCAGCGCCACACAUAAAAACAUACGUCCGGUUCUCAGACACAGACAUGACCACUAUCGACUGGGCAAUGGUGACUUCUGCAAAUUUAUCUCUGCAAGCAUGGGGCGCAGCGGCGAAUGUGAAGAAAGAGAUUCGGAUAUGCAGCUAUGAAAUAGGCGUGUUAGUCUGGCCCAGAUUUAUUGUUGACGAGGAGAUAGAUGAUAGUGAUGAACCUCUGAUGAAGGAAAAGGGCAAGGAUAACAGUAGGGGGGAAAUAAGCGGGCAUAAGAACACAAAAGACGUGAAAACCGCAGUGAUGGUGCCUUGUUUUAAGAGAGACAUGCCUGAAGCAGCGGAGAACGAAGCUCGUUCAUCUAAUACAACGUUGGUAGGGUUCCGCAUGCCAUAUGACCUUCCUCUCCACUCAUACGCUGCAAAGGACCAGCCGUGGUGCGCUACGGCUACUUACAGUGAGCCCGACUGGUUAGGUCAGACGUGGGAAAUAGAAUAA